AUGCAGUGUGGCGGUGGCGGCGCGAUUCGCUCCGCCCAUCGCCACGCCAUCGCCGCUCAUUCAUUGCUCGGUCAGCUUUCAGUGAUGGCGUCUUUCCUCUUCACAUCAGAAUCCGUUUCGGAGGGACAUCCGGAUAAGAUGUGCGACCAGAUCUCUGAUGCAGUGCUCGAUGCACACCUCGCCAUUGAUCCAGAUGCCAAAGUUGCCUGUGAAACGGUAACUAAAACGGGUAUGAUCAUGUUGUGCGGCGAAAUCACAUCUAAAGCGAAUGUCGAUUAUCAAUCGCUUGUACGUAAUGUGGUGAAGAAAAUUGGAUACGACGAUUCUAGCAAGGGCUUUUGCUACAGGACAUGCAAUGUUCUUGUUGCCCUAGAAGAGCAGUCCCCUGACAUCGCCAAUGGUGUCCACGUACAGAAGGCAGAGAGCGAUAUUGGAGCUGGCGAUCAGGGAAUUAUGUUUGGAUAUGCUACUGAUGAGACUGAGGAAGCAAUGCCCCUUACACUUCUGCUUGCUCAUCAGCUGAACUACAAACUUCAUGCUCUUCGUCGCAGGGGAGUAUUGCCUUGGGCUCGGCCCGACUCGAAAUCGCAGGUAACCAUCGAAUACAGAUUUGAUGGAGGAGCAUGCGUGCCUGUACGCGUACAUACUGUUGUCUUGUCGGCUCAACAUGCUCCUACAAUCACCUUAAAAGAGCUUAGGAAGGAGAUUCUCGAGAAAGUAAUCAAGGCUGUGAUUCCACCAAACCUUUUGGACGAUAAGGUUGUCUACCACAUCAAUCCUUGCGGUAACUUCAUUAUCGGAGGCCCUAUGGGUGAUGCUGGAUUGACAGGACGUAAGAUCAUUGUCGACACUUACGGAGGAUGGGGAGCUCACGGUGGUGGUGCCUUCUCCGGAAAAGAUCCUACUAAGGUCGAUCGUUCGGCAGCCUAUGCCGCUCGUUGGGUAGCCAAAUCUCUUGUAAAAGCCGGAAUCUGCCGCCGCUGCCUCGUUCAAGUUUCCUACGCUAUUGGAAUUGCUGAACCUUUGUCUAUUAUGGUGUUCUCGUUUGGAACCUCUGCUCUCAAUGAGGCUGAGCUUUUACAAAUAGUGAAUGAUAAUUUCGAUUUGCGACCCGGAAUGAUCAUCAAGGAGUUGGACCUUAAAAGACCUAUCUACGAGGUCACCGCUGAGAAUGGCCAUUUCGGAAAUCCAGCAUUCCCUUGGGAACAACCCAAACAAUUGAAGAUCUCGCCCGAACUCAUCGCCAAAUCCAAACAACCGGCUUUAUCCGAGGUUGCAGGUGCAAUCGCUCACUAAAAUGUGCACUUAUGUUGACCAAUGUAUUUCUCACAUCGCCCGUUGCUACAUCUCGUAACAGAGCUCUAACAUAUAAUUAUUUUUCAUUAUUGUUGAAUUUGAACCGGUCACCGGUAUUUUCACACUUGCAUUUUCAUUGUGUGUGCUUUAGCACACAGUGUUGUUUCCCAAGUCCUGUGAUUUCUGCUUUGGUUCGGUGAUCCUCGAUUUGAUUGAGGGAUCCCCAUUUUUGUUCGACGUGGAAGU